CGCAUGAAGACCAAGGACCAAGCCACGGAUGAGGCGGCGCGCCGCGCGCCUGCCACGCGUCGCCAGGAAAAGCCACCCUUCUCCUAUAUAGCCCUCAUCGUCAUGGCGAUCCGACAUUCGCCGAACAAGCGUCUGACUCUCAGCGAAAUAUACGCGUUUUUGCAACAGCAAUUCGCGUUUUUCCGGAGCCCCUAUCAGGGGUGGAAGAAUUCCGUAAGGCACAACCUCAGUUUAAACGAGUGUUUUGUCAAGCUACCCAAGGGUCUCGGCAGGCCCGGUAAGGGACAUUACUGGACGAUCGACCCAUCUUCAGAGUUUAUGUUCGAAGAAGGAUCAUUUAGACGGAGGCCGCGUGGUUUUCGGCGCAAGUGUCAGCCCUUGAAACCACAGUUUGGAAGUGGUGGAUACCUUUGUGGUGGCGGAGUGGGUGCACUGCCUCCACCUCAGGCGUCGGGGUACGAGCUCGCCAGCGGCAGUGGUGUAGGCGUAAGCAGCGCGCCUUCUAUCGAAUACGGCACAUGUGCCUACACUUCCAGCCAGCAGCUGACCUACGGCGGUGAAUACUGCGCGUACGGUGGCAUGGGAGAACGGGAGUGGCCGCUCGCAUAUGGACCGGUGGAGACUGCCUACAGACCACCACCGGCAUCGUCGCCGCCGCGGCAAAUACAAGAUAUCAUUCCGUCUUACCAGUAUGCUGUCACCAACGACCAUGGUGCAGCGCCCAUGUUUCCGGGGAUGCGUGGGGUUCAUGGGCAGAUGCUGUCCGGGGGCUCGUUGGGAGGUGGCUCGAUCAGUGGACUGGGGGGUUUCGGACACCAUUUGUCAUCACCGCUGCCUGCGCCGACUCCCGAUCGCAAGCCUCCCACGCCACUAUCCUCCCUGCCACAGUCAUCAACACCGACAGCGAUACCAACUACGUCGUCGCCUUGGAUAUGAAAGCAUCAUUAGUAGUUUCAAACUUCGUAUAUGAAGAAGGCUUCAAUUAGUCAACGACGCUGAAUGGAGUCACUGUCGUUAUAUCCAUCUUAAAACUUUGAUUUUGUGGAGGUCCCAUUUUAAACGUAAACCUUGACCCCCUUUGCAAAAUUGUCAUUUUCUCUUAAUGUUAAAAUGUUAUUAUUUUAAUUAGCUUAAGUACCUAUUUAAAACUGAAAGUUAACCAAGAGUUACGGAUGAUUAACUAUCAAAAUGUAGCGAGUUCAUGCCGCUAGGGUUUUGUAGGUAUCAUAAAAUCGCUGUAUCUAUUGAAAGUA